GGUACACACAUACUAGUAUCGCCAGUAUGUGUGUGUGUGUGUAACAGCUGUGGUGGAGGUGGCAGGGAUACCACAUUAGGGACGCUACUCUACAAGGUACACCACACUACGAGAGGCGCCACGCAAUACACAAGAUUGUCUACUCAAGAAAACAAGAUCGAAAAAGUGAACAGAAAACCUUGGCCAGCUCCGCGAUGUCAAAACCAGCAUGGAUGUGGGCGGUGGUGUUAGCAGCGACUGUCCUGUUGGGGAUGGAGCACACAGCUACCGCCAGCUCGGAUCACGGGUUGGGGCUCCUCAUUGACAUCAUGGCUAAAGACCCUACACAGUUGUGCUCGUACGUGAGUUGCCAGGAGCCAGUCUCGCCGGGGACCUGCCCAAACAACACAGUAUACCUGGAGAACGCAGCGCAGUUCGGGUGUUGCGGCGCUUGCGUUUCCUUCCGCCAGGAAGGCGAGUCCUGCACUGGCAACAUCGAUCCAACGUAUGGGGAAGGCUACGAGAAGAGCUUGAGCACACGAAGAGUCAACUUCUUGGAGUCCUUGUAUAAUGUCUCUGAGAACAACAUCCUGCAUUCUUCCUGGUGUGACUACAAUUUCCAGUGCUUCAGUCGCAAUAAUAUCAGCUUUACAUGUAUAAAACCUGAGAAAACCUGCAGGAGCAUGCUUGACAACUACCUCAAUGAUGUUGUGAGCAGUAACUACAAAUCCUACAGAGAUGACUACCGCUGGCAGCCCGUGUGUACCAAAGAGGGCAACUAUGAUGCCAAGCAGUGCAUAGGGCCCCGGGAUAAACCCAGAUGUGUGUGUGUCGAUCCGGAGGGUAACAGGCUCUUCGGUUUAGCUUUCCCCGAGCAAGAGGAACUUUACAACACGAUGAACUGCAAGUGUUCCCGUGCAGCGUGGGAGAGGAAGCAGGCAGGACAAACCACAGUCACUCUUCACUGCCAGGAGAAUGGAAAUUAUGAGCCGCUGCAGUGUGAGGACGAAUGGUGUUACUGUGUGGAUCCUGCCACAGGGGACCUCUACGGCUCCCGGCUGCCCGAAUCUGCCAUGCAUAUGCUUCCUUGUUACAAUAAGACCCUAGUCGGGGGAAUGUACCUGAGGCGAUGUGACAGCGAACUUUACGCCCAUGCCAAGCUGCUGGAUGCCAUGACCGACAGUGGCGUAAGAGGACCUGAGAGCCUCGUGAAGUGUGACCAGGACGGCUCUUACGCCAGCAGACAGUGUGACCAGACAAUGUGUCGGUGUUGGGACAAAUACUUCUACCAGUCCAUCGCUCACCCGUCCGGAGAAGACUGCCAAUGCGCCGAGGACGUCCAGUACUACACGGAAAUCAAUGCUAAGAUCACCGUCUCGUGCAAGGUGAACACAGGCGCCUACUCCCAAGAGCAAACCCAGGGAAAUUACAAGUUUUGCGUGGACGAGGAUGGCAUUCGCUCCGGCCCGCUGGUUUAUAAUAACCCCGAUUACACGCUGGAAUGCCUCUACGCGGAACGAUGCCAAGAAAACGGUGCAAAUGACCCUCAGGAUUACUGCUCCAGAGUGUGUGUCGUCCAGGCAGGCGAGUGUCCCGACGAGGCCUAUCCUGGUUUCAACUCAGCAGAGCUCUGAUGCCUCCGGAUCGACUUAGCAAUUCGGAAAACAUUUAACGGGAACUUCAAUUACAAAGAGGAACAGGGAUGCGGGGAUCAAGAAGACGAGCAAGACGAGGUGAAGCCGCUGCCAAGAUGCACCAAUUUGGAAACUUCCCUAGUUCCUUUUAACUUAGUAGAUCGUUGAUUUUCAAAGAACACCCACAUGAACAUGAAGCGCGGCCUGAUAAAAAGUCUUAAGUAGCUAGAGUGGGAGGCAAUAUUCUUAUAUAACAACAAACAUUAAAUUUAUCCGGUACCACUUACAGGAAACCAAUCGAAACCCCCCAAAAAUUAAGUAAGACUGGAUUAUUUCAGCAGAUAAUCUACUUCAUUCUAAGCCUGUAAACUAGAAGUAUGGAUUAUUGUUUUUUUAAUACGGUUUUCUUUCAUGACACGUAUAGUUUAACAAAGCUUACCUAAAACACAGUUCACCCUGAUGAAGCCUGAGUGAAGCUCGACCAGUGAACAGAACUUCCAAGCUGUCGACAUCGAGACAGCGAUUAUUCAAACCUACCAGUUAUGAAGCUUCGAGCCCUUAAAGCCCUCCAGCUCAUACUUCACUUGAUUAUUACACUAUUUGUCUCAAUUUCCAUUUCAGCUGAAGUGAAAUUAUCAAAGCACGUUGUGUUUUUUUGUCAUUUACAUACUUCUGUAAUGUAAUAAAAGCUUUCUCGAAAACAA